CCUUUUGCCAACCCCACGCAGACCCAGUGCCUUUUUGCAUGGUCAAACACUAUAAGUGCACAAUUUAGUCUGCAUGCACAUGCAAACGAAAACUUCAUACAUGGGAUUUUCUCUUUAUCCGAUAGCUGCAAGCCUGGAGUUUCCAUCUCUCUGCAGAACUGUUAUUGUAUUUAUUCAGUUCCUGUUAAGCCAAUGCAUGUUGUUUUUUCUCCCUCCACACAGUGCUGCACUUCAGAGUACCACUUAACUGUAUUUUAAAGCUGCUGCUGGUGGCUGGUGGUCUCCACACCGCUUUGGAGAGGAGUCGGUGGCGUUUAAGAGCAGUGAGAUGUCUGGUCAGGUGAGAGAAAUGCUAAAGGCAACCGAGGAUCCCAUAACUGUUGCAUGAGAUAUCGGCCUCCAGAAAGUUAACACGGGACUACUCCUGCCUUGUGUUUUUUUUUUUUUUCGGAUCACAAUUACCAUUUUCGUGCCCACACCGAGACUCUCCACUGGAGCGCUUCAGACCUGAAAUACAGGAUUUUUUCCUCCACCGACGAUGGCGGACAGGACUGAGCGCACGACGGAGGACGGAUCUCGGGACAGUUUUCGUGUCGCAGAAGAGGCUACAUGAGGUUGACAGAGGGCCGCACACGCUUGCCUUUUUUGCCGACUCCACCUUCCCACCUCCUCCUCUUCAAAUCUGUGAAGAAACAAAAUCUCCGACAGGGGAGGGGGACUGAUAUCUGCAGAGAGGAAUAAACUGUGAGGGAAGGAGUUCAGCUUAGCUGUCUUCUCCCCUACCGUCCCCCAAGCGGUGGGGGGAACGAUCAGAAGUAUUUUUCUUAAAGGGAGAAGGAGACGCAAAUAAGGGAAAUACGUUUUGCCCUCCGUGGAUCUACAGAAUCUUUUUUUUUUUAAUUCGUCAAAAAUAUGGCCGAUAAUGUCCUGGAGUCCGGCCCGCCUUCAGCCAAGAGGCCCAAGCUGUCCUCUCCAGCUCUCUCGGUGUCUGCCAGUGAUGGAAAUGAUUUUGGUUCACUCUUUGACCUGGAGCAUGACCUCCCAGAUGAGCUCAUCAGUUCCUCGGACCUGGGGCUGACCAACGGAGGGGAUGCCAGUCAACUCCACACCACUCUUGGAGGGGUCGGAGGAGGGAUUGGUGUGGGGGGAGGGCAGGAUGCUGCUGCGAAACACAAACAGCUAUCUGAACUUUUGCGUGCUGGGGGACCAGCACAGCAGGGUGGCCCUACUUCCAACAGCACAGCGCCUGGGGCUUCCAUGGGCAUGAUGGGGGGUGUCAGCGUUGCCCCCGGUGGACCUCAAGGCAUGCCCCCCCAGGGCCAGCAGCAGCAGCCUGGAUUAAUGCAGCAGGUUGGGAUGGUUGGAGGGGUGGCGGCUCUCAAUCGGGCAGCUGCCAUGAUGGGUGCCCAGAAGGGCAACACUGGACAGCAGCAGCAAGGGCUGAUGGGGGGACAGGUGAUGAAUGGCUCACCGAGAAUGGGCUACCCUGGCAGUGCGGGCAUGGGCAACAAUAGUAACCUGUUGGCAGAAACCCUACAGCAGCAGCAGGGCGGUCAGCCAAUGGGACCAGGGGGUCAAGCAGGGAUGAGACCACAGCAACCUGGAGCACUGAACAAGAUGAAUAUGAUGGCCAACGCGGGCCCCUAUGGCGGUCCGUACGGCCAGUCUGCUGGCCAGGGGCUGCCUGGAGCAGGGCUGGGCCCACAGCUCCAGAAUAAGGCAGGCCUGCCCAACAAUAUGGCCAGUCAGUUCAACAUGGACAAGAAGGCGCCACCGGGUCAAGGCAUGCCUGGGAUGGCCUCUCAGCAGCAGCAACCUGGAGCGGUUGGUGGUGUAUCUGUCGGCGGAGCAGCAGCAGCAGUGGGAGGGGCCCAGGUUGGGCUCAGUCCCGUAGGGGCGGGUCCCGGCGCAGCGCCCCCUACUGCGGACCCUGAGAAGCGGAAGCUGAUUCAACAGCAGCUGGUCCUCUUGCUCCACGCGCACAAGUGCCAGCGGAGGGAGCAGGCCAACGGCGAGGUACGGCAGUGCAACCUGCCGCACUGCCGCACCAUGAAGAAUGUGCUCAACCACAUGACUCAUUGCCAGGCUGGCAAGUCCUGCCAGGUGGCACACUGUGCCUCAUCCAGACAGAUCAUCUCUCAUUGGAAAAACUGCACGCGACACGACUGUCCUGUUUGCCUGCCACUGAAGAACGCUGGAGACAAGAGGAACCAGCAGUCUCUUGUCAACAGUGCAGGGGUUGGUUUGGUGAACUCUUUAGGUUCAGGGGUGCCGGGUGGACAGUCCAACACUCCAAAUCUGAACCCUCCCAACCAGAUAGACCCCAGCUCCAUAGAGAGGGCCUACGCUGCGCUGGGCCUCACUUACCAGGGCAACCAGAUGCCACAGCAGCAACCACAGGCCAACAUGCCAAACCAGGGGCUGCAGGGGCAGCCCGGGAUGAGGACUCUAAACACCAUGGGAGGAAACUCCAUGGGAGUGAAUGGUGGAGUGGGAGUGCAGCCCCCCAACCAGCAGUCCAGCCUACUGCCAGACGCCAUGUUGCACAACAGCAUGAAUGCACAGAGUUUGAUGAGUGAUGGUGUGGGGAACCUGGGCUCCAUGCCCACAGCGACUCCUCCUUCUGCUGCAGGCAUGAGGAAGUCCUGGCAUGAAGACAUCACACAGGACCUCCGCAACCACCUUGUCCACAAACUUGUGCAGGCCAUCUUCCCCACUCCCGACCCAGCUGCACUGAAAGACCGGCGGAUGGAGAACCUGGUGGCUUACGCUCGGAAAGUAGAGGGGGACAUGUACGAGUCAGCCAACAGCAGGGCGGAGUACUACCACCUGCUGGCGGAGAAGAUCUACAAGAUCCAAAAGGAGCUGGAGGAAAAGAGGAGGACACGGCUCCAGAAGCAGGGCAUGAUGCCCGGCCAAACUGGAUUACCCUCCUCAGGGCUCCCACAGGGGCCUCCAAGCAUGGGACAGCCGCCCAUGGCCCCGGGGCAACCCCCAAAUGGUCCUCACGCCGAUCCGUCCAUGGCCCGACCAGCUGGACCCAAUCAGAUGGUCAACAGGAUGCAGACCCCAGCAGGAAUGAACCAGUUUGGUCAGAUGGGGAUGCAAUCGAUGGGUCAGAGGUCGACACCUCCUCUUCCUAUUAAUGCUCCAAUGAACCAGAUGGGUAUAGGUGCAACAAGGAUGGGCCAACCCAAUGCCACACAGCUACAGAACCAGUAUCUCCCCCCGGGCCAGUUUCCCGGGUCCAGUCCUGGACUUGGUUCUGGUCCUGUUGGCAUGAACCAGCCAGGGCCGCAGACUGCAGUGCCACCGCAGAACCAGAUGUCUACACCGCCUUCCCUCCCAGCCAGCAGCCCUGCACCACAGUCCAACUCUUCGGCUUCAGGCUCCGGAGCCCCCGGGGGCUCCAUGGGGUCUGGUAGUGCCAGUGGUGCUGGGCCUCUACCCAGCCUGCCUCCAUCCUCCACCCCCACCCAGCCCAACUCCUACCCUCACUGCCCAUCCAUCCGAACAAACUCCCCGUCACCAGCGCGCAGCCUAACGCCUCAGCCCCAUCAAACACCCCCCACGUUACCGCGUUCGCAGACCCCACAGCCACAGACCCCCGGCACACCCCAGCUGCCACAGCAGCAGCACCCCCAGCAGCAGCAACAACAACAACAACAACAACAACAACAACAACAACAACAACAACAACAACAACAACAGCAGCAGCAGCAACAACAACAACAACAACAACAACAACAACAACAGCAGCAGCAACAACAGCAGCAACAACAACAACAACAGCAGCAGCAGCAGCAACAACAACAACAACAGCAGCAGCAGCAGCAGCAGCAGCAACAACAACAACAGCAGCAGCAGCAACAACAACAGCAGCAACAACAACAAGCUUCACAGAAACAACCAUCAGGGCAGACAGUGAACUCUGAGAAGGCCAAUCAGCUUCCACAGCAGGCGCUUGGGGGCGUGGCUUCCUCAGGCCCCCAAGCAGGUCAGCCUUCUUCAGUGCCCAACCAGAAUGCUCAUGUGCCGCUGCAGCUGCCCCAGACCCCACUAUCUGCGAAGCCUUCCCUGACGGCAGAUGGCCAGGUAUCCUCUCCGGCCUCGGUCAACAGCAGUACCAAUCCCAGCUCCCAGCUCGCUCCGGCAGAUGGCCCCGCCCCCAGCCAGGAAGACGUUAAAAUGGAGGUGAAGAAGCAGGAGGACGACGACGAAGGGGCUGACGCACAAGGAGAGGGCAAGGGGAAGAUGGGCAAAGGUCAACCUGACGUGAAGACGGAGGAGAAACCAGAGAUAAAGAAAGAGAAGUCGUUUGGAGACGGGUGUAAAGGCGAGCCCAUGGACACAUCUUCGUCUUCGGUGCCGUCGUCGGUAGCAACGGGUGAAGACAAGAAGCCGGAGGUGAAGAAAGAGCCCAAAGAGGAAGAGGAGGGUUCAGGGUCAACGGGCACCAACAGCUCCCCAGCCAGCGCUCAGAGCAAGAAGAAAAUCUUUAAGCCGGAGGAGCUGCGUCAGGCUCUGAUGCCCACCCUGGAAGCUUUGUACCGGCAGGACCCUGAGUCCCUUCCCUUCCGUCAGCCGGUGGACCCCCAGUUACUGGGAAUACCCGACUACUUUGACAUUGUGAAGAACCCCAUGGACCUGUCGACCAUCAAGCGGAAGCUGGACACAGGACAGUACCAGGAGCCUUGGCAAUAUGUCGAGGAUAUCUGGCUGAUGUUCAACAACGCCUGGCUGUACAACCGCAAGACGUCCCGCGUCUACAAGUACUGCUCCAAGCUGGCGGAGGUGUUCGAGACGGAGAUCGACCCCGUCAUGCAGGGCCUGGGAUACUGUUGUGGGAGGAAGUUUGAGUUUUCCCCUCAAACUCUAUGCUGCUAUGGAAAACAAUUAUGCACCAUCCAACGGGACGCCGCCUACUUUAGCUACCAGAACAGUUCACCAAAAUAUGGGCUUCUUGCUGACAGGUACCACUUCUGUGAGAAGUGUUUCAACGAAAUCCAGGGCGAGAGUGUUUCCCUGGGGGAUGACCCCUCCCAGCCUCAGACGUCCAUCAACAAAGACCAGUUCCAGCGAAAGAAGAACGACACACUUGAUCCUGAGUUGCUUGUGGAAUGUACCGACUGUGGCCGUAAAAUGCACCAGAUCUGUGUCCUGCAUCAUGACACCAUAUGGCCGUCAGGCUUUGUGUGCGACAACUGCCUCAAAAAGGCAAAUAAGACGCGGAAAGAGAACAAAUACGCAGCCAAAAGGCUUCCCCAGACCAAGCUGGGGAGCUAUUUGGAGUCACGAGUGAACGACUACCUCAAGCGGCAGAUCAACAUUGAUGCUGGCGAGGUCACCAUCCGAGUGGUCCACGUCUCGGACAAGGUGGUCGAGGUCAAGCCGGGCAUGAAGUCCAGGUUUGUGGACAGCGGAGAGAUGUCCGAGUCCUUCCCGUACAGGAUGAAAGCCUUGUUUGCGUUCGAGGACAUUGACGGAGCGGACGUGUGUUUUUUCGGCAUGCACGUCCAAGAGUACGGCUCGGACUGCCCGCCCCCCAAUCAGAGACGAGUGUACAUCUCUUACCUGGACAGCGUGCACUUCUUCCAACCUCGACACCUCAGGACCGCCGUCUACCAUGAGAUCCUGAUAGGCUACCUGGAGUACGUCAGGAGGCAGGGGUUUACGACGGGUCACAUCUGGGCCUGUCCGCCCAGUGAAGGGGACGAUUACAUCUUCCACUGUCACCCAAUGGACCAGAAGAUCCCGAAGCCGAAACGCCUGCAGGAGUGGUACAAGAAGAUGCUGGACAAGGCUGUUGCUGAGCGCAUUGUCCACGAUUACAAGGACAUCUUCAAGCAGGCAACAGAGGACCGGCUGACCAGCGCCAAGGAGCUGCCGUACUUUGAGGGCGACUUCUGGCCAAACGUGCUGGAGGAGAGCAUCAAGGAGCUGGAGCAGGAGGAGGAGGAGAGGAAGAGGGAGGAGAACAGCACCUCCAACGAGAGCACCGAUGCCACAAAAGGAGACAGCAAGAAUGCCAAAAAGAAGAACAACAAAAAGACAAGCAAGAACAAGAGUAGCUUGAGCCGAGCCAAUAAGAAAAAACCAGGGAUGCCCAACGUUUCCAAUGACCUCUCCCAGAAACUCUACGCCACCAUGGAGAAACAUAAGGAGGUCUUCUUCGUCAUCCGCCUCAUUGCCGGCCCCACCGCAAACUCCCUGCCCCCCAUCACUGACGUGGACCCCCUGAUGGCCUGCGACCUGAUGGACGGCCGCGACGCCUUCCUGACUCUGGCCAGGGACAAGCACCUGGAGUUCAGCUCCCUCAGGAGGUCCAAGUGGAGCUCCAUGUGUAUGUUGGUGGAGCUGCACAACCAGAGCCAGGACCGCUUCGUCUACACCUGCAACGAGUGCAAACACCACGUGGAGACCCGCUUCCACUGCACCGUCUGCGAGGACUAUGACUUGUGCAUCACCUGCUACAACACUAAAGGUCAUGAGCACAAGAUGGAUAAGCUGGGGCUUGGGCUAGACGACGACAGCAACAACCAGUCAGCAGCAGCUACCCAGAGCCCUGGAGACUCCCGUCGCCUCAGCAUCCAGCGCUGCAUCCAGUCACUGGUCCACGCGUGCCAAUGCCGCAACGCCAACUGCUCCCUGCCAUCCUGCCAGAAGAUGAAGCGCGUCGUUCAGCACACAAAAGGCUGCAAGCGCAAGACGAAUGGCGGCUGCCCCAUCUGCAAGCAGCUCAUCGCUCUGUGUUGCUACCAUGCCAAACACUGUCAGGAGAACAAAUGUCCCGUCCCGUUCUGUCUGAACAUCAAGCAAAAGCUGCGGCAGCAGCAGCUGCAGCACCGACUCCAGCAGGCCCAGAUGUUGAGGAGAAGAAUGGCCAGCAUGCAGAGGGUGGGGCAGCCGGCUGGAGGGCCACCGGGAGGACCUGUGGUAGGACUUCCAUCACCAGGGAACAACGGUACCACAGCACCCAGUACCCCAACGUCUGGGGGAACCCAACCCCCAACCCCUCAGACCCCAACUCAGACCAUGCCUCCAGUCCAGCAGCAAGGAAUGGGCCCAGGACCUGGAGUCCAGCAGCAGCAACAGCAGCCAGGUGGGAUGCCCUCACAGGGUGGCAUGCCUCCUCAGCACACCCUCCACCACCAGUUUCAGCAGAUGGCAGGUGGAGGUGGUGGGGCUGGAGGGAUGAUGAGUUCUCCCCAACAUCAGCAGCAGAUGCUUCCUCAGGUCCAGCAGCAGCAGCAGCAAGGUGGAGCAGGGACCAACCCUCAACAGCUCCAACAGCACCCCAACAAUUUGCCUCCAUAUGCCAGCAGACCCCCGGGCUCCUCCCCAAUCCACCAGUCCCAGGGCAAACCAGUCCUUGGGUCUGCAACACCCCCUCAGCAACAGCCUGGUGCUACUGUCAUGGCUGCAAGCGUUGGGGGCCAGCAGCCUCCGAGCCAGUCGCAGGUCCAGCCUCAACUUCCACCGCAGCAACAGCAGCCUCCCUCUGGCCCCCCACCGGCAGCCGUAGAAAUUGCUAUGAAGAUCCAACAAGUGGCAGAUGCUCAGAGGAAGAUGGCUCUGCAAAGACAGGCAGCUGCAGGCUUGAUGCCUCCCCACCCCCACCAUCAACAGGGUCAAGGUCAACAGAUGAGCAUGGGGCACCCGGGGGCAGUAGGAAUGGUCGGACCCCAGGGCAUGGCACCACAGACGGCAGCGGUGGCAGCCGCUCGGGCCCACAUGGAUCAACAACAAGGCGCUCCACCAGGGAUGAUGGUUGGCGCUGGGGGGCCCAUGCAGCAACCCCCUCCGCAGGGUAGUCUGCCCCAGGGCCAGCUCCCCCCUCAGGUGCAGCUUCAACAGCAGAGGAUGGGUGCACCACUUCAAAACCCUCAACAGCAACAACAGCAGUGGGCAAGCCAGGGGAUCCCUCCCCAGCAGAGACAAGCGAUGAUGAACCAAAUGGGCCAUCAAGCCAUGAUGACCGCUCAGCAGCAGCAGCAAAUGCAACAACAACAACAGCAGCAACAGCAGCAACAGCAGCAGCACCAACAAGCUCAGGGCCACGCUGCCUUGAUAAACAUGGCGCAACAGCAAGGUGCUGGGGGCGGGGUACCAGGAGGGGCUGUCCCCGUGGGCACCGGUGUCCCAGGGGCAGGUGCCGCUGGUGGGAACAUCCCCCAGGCAGCUCUUCAGGACCUGUUACGGACUCUUCGCUCGCCCAGCUCACCGCUCCAGCAGCAGCAGGUCCUCAACAUCCUGCGGUCCAAUCCACAGCUCAUGGCUGCUUUCAUUAAGCAGAGGGCCUCAAAAUACAAGGGGGUGCAGGGAGGGCCUGGUGGACCAGGUGGUGUGCCGGGAGGUCCCGGUCCCACAGGGGGUCCUGUUGGUAAUGUCAUGGCAGGAGGGGGCCCGCAAGUGAACAUGAAUGCUGCAGGUGCUGGCCAGCCAGGGAUGCACAUGGGGGGUCAGGGAGGGACAAAUGUCAACAUGGCCACUAUGGCCCAGCUGCAGCAGGUGCAGCAGCAGCAGCUUCAGCAGCAGCAGCUUCAGCAGCAGCAGCAGCAGCAGCAGCAGAGGCCGAUGCUCAGUGGGUUACAGCAGCAGCAGGUGGCAGCUCUCCAGCAGCAGCAACAGCAGCAGCAGCAGCAGCAGCAAGGGGGAGGAAGGGGGAUGCAGGGCCAGGGGCAACAGAUGGGAAAUCUCAAUAACACCCAGUUUAGAGAGAUUCUCAUGAGACGGCAUCUCCAGCAGCAGCAACAACAGCAGCAGCAGCAGCAACAACAGCAGCAGCAGCAGCAGCAGCAGCAAAUGGGAGUAAAUCACGGUCAGUUCCAGCAGCCACAGCCCCCACAGGGGCAGAGCUACAUGGGACAGCCUGGGAUGCAGCCUCCUACAGUGGGACAGGGCCCAGCUGGGGGGCCCCCUCUUGGCCCCCAGCAGCCUGGUGGUCCCCAAGGCCAACAGGGGCAAGGUUACCCGGGGUCAGUGACCCAGCAGCAGGCCACAGCUGCACUCCAGCACAGGCUCCAGCACCAGCACCACCUCCAGAUGCAGCAGCAGCAGAAUGCCAUGGCUGGCCUGCCGGGGGGUGAUGCAGGGCCAGGUGGAGGGGGUCCUCCGCAGCCACCUCAAGGCCCUCAGCCCACUCAGAGUGGCCCCCCACCUUCGUCUUCUCAGGCCCUGCUCCAACAGGCCCUCCACCAAAGGUUGCUCCAGCAGCAGCAUCUGGGCCCUGGGGGUUCACCAGCCCAGCACAGCAAUCCCAUGAGUCCUCAGCAGCCGCAGCAGAUGGCCCAGUCCCCACACCCCCACCUUCAGGGCCAGGCGAUGCCCACAUCGCUGGCUAACCAGGUGCGAUCACCACAGCCGUCUCCCAGACCCCAGUCACAGCCGCCGCACUCCAGCCCGUCCCCGCGCAUGCAGCCUCAGCCCUCCCCGCAUCACAUCUCCCCCCAGAUGCAAACGGGUUCCCCGCACCCGGGCCAUCUGAACCAGCACCACCCAGGUAUGGUGGUCCCUCCACAACAACAGCAACAACCACCAACGCAACAGCAGCAACAGAACUCUAUGGAGCAGUUCGGGUCGGACCAGAGCGCUAUGUUAUCUCAGCUGAGCGGCAUGGCCGGUCUCCACGGGCCGGGGGGCAGCGGUCAGGACCCAUUGGGCCAGAAUCUGAAUCACAACCCUUUAGACAUCAUGUAGGAAUUCUACCUAACGUGUCAAGUUGAGCUGGAAGCGCUCGGUGGUUCUUCGCACAAACUGCACUCACCCAGGACAGUGUUAUUGUUAUUAGCCUUUCUUUUUUUAUACUAUUAUUAAAUGUUAUUUAAAAUGUUUUCAAUAAAGACGCAUUGAACUGAACUUCCUAUGGGAGAUGAACAAUAAAUCAAGCAGUCGUUAAAUAAAUUAGAAUAAAUGAAUUGUAAGUUAUUGCUGUUAAUAUAUUUUUUUGCCAAUCGUGGACAAAGAGGGGGCGAGGGGGUUUCUCUAGCUCCUCACCUCCACCUCUUGCAGAAUAGAAGAAAGGCGAUAUUUUCGGGGGUUCGGGGGUCUAUAGGAGUAAUUGCCUUUUUUAAGAAAUGUUUUUAAGGUUUUGAACAUGGUCAAGAAUUAAAGAGGAAAUGAUUUAAUGCAAAGAACUUUUUUAUCAGUUUUGUUUCCCAUCAUUCAGUCUGUCUAUUUCUGUUUUGCAGAGUGAUGUGGAUUAUUAUUAUUAUUAAUGUAAAUCCAAACAUGAUGCAUAUCCUCCUUUUUAAAUGUUUGGGUUUGCUUUAUUUAUUGUUUUCUCUUCAGGGGGUGGGGCGGGCGGGGGGGUGUUAUGUACCCUGAGACUGCUACAAUUCGUAUAGAAAUAUAUUUUUGUUAUUGACUGUUGAAGGGGGGGGUUAUUAGUGGAUAUUUCAUUUCGCUGUAGAUGUCUUUAGUUGGGUCUGUCCGGGUGGGAAUAAUGAACUGUCAGUGUUUUAUUGCAGUGGCUGAGGGUCUGCUGUGAGUUUGAGAUGUCGAACGGACAUGUUGUGACGCCUCGGCCAGCGUCUACGUCGGACGUCGGCCAUGCUGGAAGGGACUCCUCCCUCGCGAACAUGCAAGCCCUCUCCCUCGAAUGUGUGUGCACUCCUUCCUUUAAAGACACUUAACAUGGAGCAGUGGAGGCUUGGGGAGGGGGGGUGCAUACCUGUGUGCCUGUAACAUUUUGAGUACAUGGGCUGGGAUGUGAAAAAAAUGGGUGGGGUGGGCUCCUUUUAGUGUUUUUAGGAUUCUACUGUUUGGAGUAAACAGAGGAUUUUGAUCCAAAUGAACUGUGUUGCACAGAAAUGAGGAGAAAGGAGGAGCAGUCAGUCUCCGUCUCUUUCUUCCUCGUCCCCUUUGCUGCUUCCCUUGGACUUUAAAUCCCCCCCUCCUCCUCCUCCUCCUUUGGGGGAAGUUGAUCUCCCUCCCCACCAACUCCAUCUUUAUCUUUCUGCUAAGAACUUUGGGAGUUUAAUUUAAUAUUUUUUACUGUACAAAGGAAACACAAACUGUGGACUCAAAUACUGUUUUUUAUAAUAAAAUGAAAAUUACCAAUA